AAAGAACCAAUUUUUUCAUUAUUUUGUUAACAUUGGAACAAAUUUCACUCCGUCGAACUUUCGGCAGACUCGGACCAUACAUCGGCACGGGAAAGCAAACAAGAAAGAUAGAGCAAAACCGAUCAAGUAGAGCAGUUCCAUCGAUUCAGCUGCGCCCAAGACUUUGAUGACGAUGAUUAAGGUUCCUCAACUCGCGUUCCGUCGGGUUCUUCCAAUGCUUCUUCCCCGCAACCAACCUUUUUCGGUUGUCUCCCGCCAAAUCACUUCCAACUGUGUCUGCACCGCCGCCGUUGUCGCCGUAAUUACCUCCAAAUCCAACACCGGCCUCCGUAGUAAGAGCAGUAACGUUGUGAAGUAUAGCCGUGCUAAUGGAACAUUUCCAAAAUGGGGUUCGAGUCGGAACUUGAGCAUUAGAGCCACUCAAGUGAAUGAAUCUGGAUCUAUUGAUUCCCCGCUCAUGCAGUCAAUGGAGAACAAGAUUAAGGAACAACUAGAUGCACAAUCUGUCUCGGUAAAAGAUGCUUAUGGGGAUGGACGACAUGUUAGCAUUGAUGUUGUUUCUUCAGCCUUUGAGGGACAGACGGCUGUGAAUAGGCAGAGGAUGGUGUACAAAGCUAUUUGGGAGGAGCUACAAAGCACAGUACAUGCAGUUGAUCAAAUGACCACCAGAACACCUGCGGAAGCAGCAGCUCAGAAUUCAUAACUCUCAAAGUUUGUCCAAACCUUCUUGUCUUUGCCAAUAAAUGUCUUGCAAAAAAGUGUGCUCAUAUUAUUUCUUUUCACCUGUUGAUUAAUGGUAAAAGUCUUUAUCUUUGAUCUUA